AUGGCGUCCAUAAAUGCCACCAUCGCGGGCGCCUUCACCCACCCUGACACCUUCUCCGGCGUCCUGGAGGAGGUCACCAAGUACAAUGUCCAUCUCAACAUCGUUGAGCGCCUCUGGGCCGCCUGGUACCUUUGGAUGCAGAACGACACCCUCGCCACCGGAAUCAUGAGCUUCGUCAUGCACGAGGUCAUCUACUUCGGCCGCUCGCUGCCCUGGAUGAUCAUCGACCGCAUUCCCUACUUCCGAAAGUACAAGCUUCAGAACCAGAAGAUCCCCACCCUCAAGGAGCAGUGGGAAUGCGCCAGCUUGGUCCUGCUCAGCCACUUCACCGUCGAGCUGCCCCAGAUCUGGCUCUUCCACCCCAUCGCUACCUACUUUGGCAUGGACUACGGCGUGCCCUUCCCAUCGCUCGGCAAGAUGGCCUUCCAGAUUGCCGUCUUCUUCGUCAUGGAGGAUACCUGGCACUACUGGUUCCACCGCGCCCUGCACUACGGCCCGCUCUACAAGAUGAUCCACAAGCUUCACCACACCUACUCUGCUCCCUUCGGUCUGGCUGCUGAGUAUGCUUCGCCCAUCGAGGUUAUGCUGCUCGCCUUGGGAACCGUCGGGUCCCCCAUCCUCUGGGUGUCCCUGACUGGUGACCUGCACCUCUUCACCAUGUACAUGUGGAUCGUUGGCCGCCUCUUCCAGGCCAUCGACUCCCACAGUGGCUACGACUUCCCCUGGAGUCUGCACCACUUCCUCCCCUUCUGGGCUGGUGCUCACCACCAUGACGUGCACCACGAGCGUUUCAUUGGCAAUUACUCGUCGAGCUUCCGCUGGUGGGACCUGCUACUCGACACCGAGUCCGGUCCCGAGGCUGCCAAGAAGCGCCGCGAGAGAAAGCUUGCUGCUCUCAAGGCCAAGAAGGUCAACUAA